UCGAUGUUUCGACCAUCGAUGAAUAUCGGUUAUCACUAUUGUAAUAUUUCAUUACGCUUGUGAGGUUUGUUUUUCAAUUUGAUUUUCUACUUGUCUGACGGAAUGGUACGUUUAAGCAUAAUUGCAUUUGCUGUGAAGCCUCGCGUUUCACUCAUUAAGUUUCGAAAAGGUGGACUUGCUCCUAUUGACCAUAGAGAACGUCUGUCGGCAGUUUCUACAGAGAGUGCUACUCACAGUACAGCUAUCGAAGACUGGGAAUUGCCAAAUCGGUAUGCGCGUAAACCUAUUGACCAUGUUGAAAUGGAAUAUAUUAAUAACGGUGGAGUUAUUUAAAGUGUUUCGUAAAAAUAUAAAACUUGAUAUAUUUGUCAUGAAGACAGAAGCGUUUGCAUAUUUUUAUUAAUAAAUAAAUAAAAGAAUGCAGUUUCGAAGUCGUAUUAAAUUUUUGUAUUAUAUGAAAAAUUGGUUGACAUGUGAUUCGAAUACUUUGAACAUAUGUAUGUAGUUUUGUUAUUUACGCUAAUAACACAAGGGAUGUAUUAUAUAAAUAUACUCGUAUACUUUAUUGAUUUUUAUAUCUAAUUCUGCAUAUGUACUUAUUGAUUUAUCUAAAUUUCACUUAAUUAAUAACUUAAUAAAAAAUAUUUUAAUCAUCAUGGACAAGUAAAACAUAUGUAAGUUAGCACAGGUAACCAAACAUCCGGCAAAAAUAUCACUUGCACCGAAUUCGCUGUCGCGCGUCUGCAACUUUACACGUUAAUAAGAACUCAAUACCGCAUUAAGUAUGCAUCCGGCCAUUAUGCUGAUCGAACACUUUUAGCGUUGCGCGUGACAACAACAAAUUAAACGCAAGACAGCAAAGAAUUGGGUAAACAGUUGCUAGUGUAAGCAACUAAAAAGUCACGCGGCCAAUAACGUGCAGCAACUAAACUUAGAGCAAAGUAGUGUAGGUAUUUAGACGCUAACGUCGCUCUUAUGUAACUA